AAUGGAGCUCAACCCUGAAAACUCUGUGAUCAUUAGCAAUGCCCAGAAAGCAAUUAUCCCUCAUGAAGAACCUAAGAAAAUAAAUACUUUUUCUUCCCGCAAGAAGGCAAAGGGGUUCAAGAACUUUUUUAAGGUGGCGCUGUUCAUGAUGCGAUCAGGGCGUUCCAGGAAAUCGAAAAUUAUUAUGGAUCAGGAGUCCAAGAACGUGUGGAGGAACAUCGUGGGGUCCAUGAGACCACUGCACAUGCAAACCGACCAAUCUACACUGCAAGAUAACAGUAAAAACAUUCCUCAAUCUCAAAUAAUGAUCACCUCAACGCCGUUUGCGAAUUGCGUUGAUCCCGGAGAUGAUGCGUUUGAUUCUACUUCGGUGUAUACAUGCUCAUCGUCUCGGUGUAGCAGCCGUUAUGCCUCGGCCGUAGGGCUGAACGAAAUGGUGCAGGAGGCGGAGAAUGAAAAAGAUGGAGUGAAGGAGAAUGAUAAUAAUAAUAAUAAUAAUAACAAAGGUGAAGAAGAAGGUGUGAAGGAGAAGAAUAAUAAUGGUGAUAGCAAUGAUGUGGAAGGGGAUGAGAUGAUUGAUGCGAAGGCGGAAGAGUUCAUUGCUCAGUUUUACCUCCAAAUGAGGUUGCAAGACUUAAAUGUUGUUGAUAGUCGUUACCAAGAGAUAAGCAUGAGAUCAUUAGGGUUAUGAGCCACUUCAACCCUAUGCAUGCAUGGAAUAUUCAACCAGAAUUUCCAUCUGGUUUAUGUUUCCAUUUUUUGGUAGAAAUGAGGGGUUCGUUACAAAAAUUACUCUUCUCAAAUCUUCAAGAGGUAUAAAUAUACAUAUGAUUUAAGAAAAAAUACACAUUCACAUAUAUAAAGUGUUGUUGUACUUUUAAAUAGUCAUUAUUGAUCCUUGAAGGGGAAGGUUGCAGAGAUGACUUUUCAAUUGGCUAUAAAGAAUAUUUGAAUGAGAAGGAGUUGGGUGAUUGCAUAUGGUUUUUGCUGAGACUGCCUUGCAUCGUUUUACAGUGAAAAGAUCGUCUAAUAGUUAGCA